AGUACUAGAUGCAAGAGCCGAGUUUCUCGUAUUUUAGGAAUCGACAGCUCAGACGGUCUGCGCGAUGGCAGCCUAUCGCUCGCUGUCACGUUUUCUGACUCCUCUUUAUUAUCUUCUCGUUUUUCUUCCGAUGAGUCGUUGUUUGAUGAGCAACGAGUCACAACCGGAUACAGAGGCGUCUCUCACUGUUCUGGAGGAGGUGAUGGCCAGUUCCCUUGCAGGUAGGAAACUCGUAUUGUACAUCGACCAGACGAUUGACAAUCAGCUGAUACAGCGACUCCUGCUUGCGUUAGUCAAUCACAGCAUAACUAACGUUAUUGUUAAUCUGAGCUCUAACGGGACGAUCUGGUGCGACCAGCAGACUUCGAAAAUCCUUCGGGGAUCUGCUUUUAUUCACGUCGUCCUGUUCCAGACAGAACCGACUCCAUUUUUCCGAUCGUUAUCAUUGCGAUGGAGCCCCGAAUAUCUUCUCCUUUACAGCCUCCUGCGAGAUCCGUUCCAUGUCCUGAUGGACGACAUUUUCAAGAGAGUAGAGAAGCUUUCCCUCGUGACGGCGCUGGAGCCAAAGUCAGACACUUUCGAUUACAUGAUGGGGGUCUACACACUGAUGCCCUUCCAUAGGGAGGAGCAGCUGCGCCUCGUCAAAGUUUUACAUCCUGAUACGGCUACCGUCGCACUAGAGGACAUCUUCGUUGACCGCUUUGAAUCCUUCGAAGGAUACGAAUUCCAUCUGGGGACGUGGUUCGACGAUUUCCCCUACCUGUACCAGUCCAAGACCAAACCGGAGGGCGUUGGCGACGGGGUAGAGGUCGAAAUGCUGGACGCGAUCGCGCAGGUUCUGAACUACAGCUACACCCUGACGCCCAAACCGCCGGACCUCAAGUGGGGAGCUUUCAAAAAUGGCUCCUGGACCGGGAUGUUGGGGAUGGUGCACAGGGGCGACAAGAACUUCACCGUCAACUACUUCGUGAUCACGAGAGAGAGGGUCAGCGCCUUCGAUGCCAGCGUCUCCUACUGGAUGGAAGGGUUCGGGAUGUCCAUGAGGUCACCGCCCCCGUUGCCGAAAUGGAGGGGUUUGUAUUACCCUUUUAUGCCGAACGUCUGGUUAAGCGUCGUCUGCACAACGGCUUUUAUCGUUGUUCUCAUGGCUGCACAAGACAGCCUGCAACCGCAGCCUUUCUUGAAGACCUUCGGCCGCACCUGGAUAUACCUCGUUCGACUGAACUUCAACCAAGGGCUGCCGACGCUGCCGGAGUCUCUGUGGCAGAGGGUCUUCGUCGGGUUCUGGUGCAUCUACUGCUUCAUCAUCACCAUAUCCUACACGGCGAACCUCAUCGCCUUCCUUACAAUCCGUUUCCCCAAGAGGAUCCAGACGGUGCAGCAGCUGGCCGAGAGCGACUAUGGGGUGUCCAUGUAUGAUUACGGGGAAUUCGUCCCUGGAGCCUUGAUAUCCUCACAGGAUCCUUAUUACCGGAUACUCGGGGAGCGACUGGAGCUGUUUCCUACCUACGACGGAGCUGUGAAUCCCAUGCUGGCCGGGACUCACACUUACAUAGAAAGCUAUUCCUACAACAGGAUUCUCAUAUCUGUCGAUUACCAGGCAAAAAAUUCCUACAUGUUGAGAGAACAGCUGUAUCCAGGACACCUGUGCUGGUACUUCCAGAAGAACACAGCCUGGAAGUACAAAUUUGAUCACGGGAUCCAACAGCUGGUCGAAGCUGGACUCAUCGCUUACUGGUUGAAGAUCAAGAACGAAGACUUUCUCGGGAGAGACUUCGAACGUCGCCAGCAAGUCCUUGAGGCAGAGGCCGAAGCUGAGCUUUCCCUGAAACUCGAGCAUCUACAGGGAGCGUUCUUCCUCCUCCUCAUUUCGUGGCUCUCGAGUUCUUUAGCGCUACUCGUCGAAAUAUUUCACAAGCGCUGCUGUCAGUCGAAGACAAAAACCACCUGAUCUCCGAGAAAUUAUAUAUACUUCCAGAGAUGUAGAGGUUUUUAAUAUUUGCAUACCCACAAAACAAUUAUAAUCAGAAAAAAAAAGCUGGCCUCUUCAUUGAAAACUUAGAUUUUUUGCGAGUGUACCUUUGGAAUGACUGUGAUAGGUUGAAAUCUACGAUGACUUUCUCGUUCUUUUAUCAAGAAUUUGGCAAUAUAUCUAUAUCUGCUUUUAUGAAACAAAUAUUUAACGAAGGCCAAAGGGAUUAAAUGAAAUUGUCU